AUGGCUGUGCCUCGGCAGUGGGCGAACCUCCACAUCGACAUGGUGACCCAGAUCGUGAACCGCCUCCCGCCCCGCUUCCGCCGCCUCGGCUCCCGUCUCCUCCUCGCGCCCGCGGACGCGACUGGCGUCUACUGCUACCUCAGCGGCUACCGCAACCACAGAAUGUUCCCCAGGCCCCGCCACUUCGGCUCCUAUGACGACGCUUGGCUCUUCCUCGCCUACGGCCAGACCAGCGGGCAUCGGCUAAUCAACAUCCGCACCGGAGAGUCCCGCGAGCUACCCGACGUGCUCGUGGAUGACGCCGGUGGCGAAAUCCACAGCAUCGUCGUCCUCAUCGCCACCCUCUCGUUCUGCCUCAUCACCAGGAAUGCGUCGCCGCGGGCAUCGUCACCUACUAGCCGGACCUCGACGCGCCGUUCCGGCGCCACUUCGCGUUCCGGCGCCCAGGGCAUGAGGUUUGCUCCCCACCAUACUUCCUCGUUCAAGGUGUUCCGGAUGACACCUAACGAGGAGGAGGCUGAUGUGUACCCUUGGACCUGGAGCGAGCUGCCCACGUUGGAUGGUCGGAUGCUGUUUGUGGGGCGAGAUGCUCCAGAUCCUACGAGGUGGGUUAAGGAUGGGUUCAAGGAUGGCAUCUUCUUCUUGGAUGAUAGGAGCUUCUACGACGACGAGAUGAUGUUCGGCGGUGUCAACGAGAUACAAUGCCCCUGCAGCGACAUCAGCAGGUGGUCAUCGGAAGGACCGCCUCCCCAUGUCGACCUCUACUUCCCGGAGCGGGUUCCUUCCUACAACUCUCCUCUGGCUUGGCUGCUCCCUUGA